UCCAAUGAUCCAAUCACAUCACAAGAUUUAAAUUCCAACAUAAAACUAUUAAAUAACAUCAUAUACGAUUACUUCGCCCAAAACUUUGGUUAUAGCGAAUCAGUGCCUGACAAUUCGCUACUAAAUAAAUAUAAGGACUAUGAAAUCAAGGAUUUGAAAAAAGCUCUGAAAACCCUUAAAUCAACGAAUGGUGAACUAGACGAAAUUAAAUAUGUGUCGCAUAUAUUGCGUGAUAAGCUUCGCUCAAACAAUAACAAUGAGUCAAGUCUAGACAGCAGCCAGUCACUUAACCAUGACAAAUAUAUCGGGAAAAAUUUCUGGGGUUAUGUCAAGAAUAUUCUAAGGAAGAAAGACACUAUAUUACGAUCUUUCAACAUGACGUAA